AUGUCACCAACGCUCUCAUCAUACUUGCCGCCCAACGACGGCUUCCUGCCGUACUGGCUGCUCUUCGUCUCAAUCGUCUCCAUAGGCAACAGUGCACAAGCCUACCUCUCCCUCGCUGGCACCCGCGAAGUCUACGCCGGCCCGGCUCAAAGCAUACCUAGCGGCAUCCCCGCCAGCACAAUCAGCAAGACGAAGCAGAACAACUCCCCAGUCACCGAUCUCUCGGCACGCACCUUCGGGACAUGGACUGCCCUGAGCAGUAUCAUCCGUUUGUACGCCGCCUACAACAUCCAUGAUCCUCUCAUAUACCAGCUUGGCUUGUGGACAUAUGCCAUAGCCUUCGCCCACUUCACCAGCGAAUGGUUAGUCUUUGGCACAGCGCGAUGGGGUAGGGGACUGGCUGGACCGAUCUUUAUUGCAACUGGGACAUUGACUUGGAUGUUGACUCAGUGCAAUUACUAUGUGCGAUGA